UAGCCACAUCCUCCACAAAGUUGCUACGCUUUUAUAAAGCAAAUUCCUCUUUGCUACCUGUGCCAUGUACAGAACUGUAGUCGAUUAGCUUCAUGGAUUCCAUAAGCACCCCGUUCUGCUUCCCGGAGGCCAUGGAUAAGAGCUGGUUCCAGACAAACAUCCUCAUCACAUGCUCAUCCCCGGAACCAAUUCCAAACUGCAAUCCACAAAAGCCGAGAUUUAAGAACAGGAGGCCAGCAAAAUUGAGUGUUGCUGCAGGCCAGCCUUGUUUAAGCCCGCAAGAAGCGCAGUCGUGCCCUGCUUUAAGCUGCAACUUGGACGGGAGAGCGAUGAAGGAACUGAGGAAACAGAAGAGCCUGAGUGAGCUGGAGAAGUAUGAAGUGAAGGGGUUUAUGGAUCUGGGCUUUGUGUUCCGCAAGGAGGAACUGAGCUUGGAGAUCAUGAGCAUGAUACCAGGGCUACACAGACCGGAGGCAAUGGAAGAGGAAAGCUGCAGAGAGGAAGAGAAGCGUAAAGGGAGGCCGUAUCUGUCGGAAGUCAGGUCGAGCAAUGAACGCAGAUCAGGGUUCUCGGUGAUCAGUGUUCCAGUCUUUGGAACUGACAUGAAGAAACAGCUACGUUCAUGGGCAAAGGAGGUGGCUGCCUCUAUCCACCGCCAUGAUAAUGAUUAUGCCAAAUAAGUGCCAUUGUGCCAAGUGGCUGUGUUAAUUUCAUGAUAUAUUUUAUAAAUGUUCAUAGAUAUAUGAAAAUAAAAAUAAACUAUUUU